CCUCUGCUGGAUUAAACAAGCAGUUGCGUUCAGGUGCAAAACGUGGGUGGGGUCGUCUUGACGCCACGCCGUGCAACCUCAGCACGUUCAUCGAACCCUUCGGCAUCCUGCAGGAGGAAAGCAGCAGGAAAGCUCGCUAACGUGCCGACGGCCGAGCCUGCGUCAGCACCACCGUCGACCGACAAAACGCACCAUGGCGUGGCCGUGCAUCACGCGGGCUUGCUGCAUCAACCGCUUCUGGAGCGAGCUGGACAAGGCGGACAUCGCCGUGCCGCUGGUCUUCACCAAAUACUCUGACGUCCAGCAGAAGCAGCCGAGGCGGGCCGCUGCGGAGGGCCAACCGGAGAGCCAGCCGGAGGCCGCCGAGGCACCGCCCGCCGCCGCCUCGGACGCCUCCUCCUCCGUUAUGCGGCAAGACUUCAAGGCGUGGAAAGUGCGCCCGGAGCCCAGCUGUAAGCCCAGGGACGAGUACCAACCCGCGGCCGGACCCUUCAACCCGGAGACCCAGUACCAGAAGGACUACAAAGCGUGGCCCAUCCCGAAGAAGCACGAUCACCCCUGGAUCCCCAAAGCCGGCCUGCUCCCCCCUACCGCGGGGAAGGUGGAGCGAGUGGCCGCCGAGAUAGAGAGCGGCGUGGAAAAAAGCGAGCUGGAGGAGAAGCUCCAGGAGAAGGAGGUGAAGGAGCCGGCCAGAAGGGACAAGUCCGCCGAGAGGAAAGACCAAGAGGCGCCCGGGAGUGGCAAAGGCAGGGCGGCCGCCGACGCGCUCAACAGGCACAUAAAGCAGACCACGAGCACUUCGAGCAGCAGCUACAGAACUGAGUUCAAGGCCUACAAGGAUGUGAAACCGGUCAAGCCCAUCAAGGCGGCGGCCCAGUACAAACCCCCGGUGGAGAAGGAGACCAGUCUGGAAACCAGCUACAGCGCCACCUUCAGGGGCGAGCAGGUCAAGGCCCAGCCGGCCGACAACAAACUGCUGGAGCGCAGGCGGAUACGCAGCCUGUACAGCGAGCCCGGAAAGGAGCCCCCCAAGGCGGACAAGUCGGCAUCUCGCAUCAGGCCGAAGAAGACGGUGACGGGGAAGGCUGUGAAGAAGGCCAAGGAGAACAAGGAGAAGAAGCUGCUCGCAGCGUCCGCCAAGAAGAAAGAAGCAGAAGCUGCGGCGGAGGCGAGCGUCACCAAGAAGAACAAAGAGAUCAGCAAUAGACUGGCCGAGGCCAAACAGUAAUGCCGUAUCUUCAGUCUAUUUGCAACACUUGCUUCACUGCCUUUUUCCUCGUUUACCGUCACUUUUAGCUCAUGUAAAACUACUACUGUAUGUGCGCGCGAGAGAGUGUGAGCGAGUGUGCGGGUCCACAGAGCUGAUUUAUAUUGUUAUUAUUAUUAUGAUGAUUCUUUAAGCACCUAAUUUGCACAUUAGUCCUGAAGAGCCAUGGUUAUGUGUGCUGUACGUGUACAAAAGGGCAUUUUUUUACACUAGAAUUCCACAUCCAAUGAUUGUAAAAACUCCUUUUGUGAGGCGAAAAAAGGGUCGGUUUUCUCGUUACAGUGCUUCGACUGUUCCUUUGUUUUUUUUUUUUGUUUUUUUUCAUUA